CCCUUUUCCCGACUACGAAUAUUCAAUAAUAUUAUCAAUUCUUCUUCUCUUUUUUCCACUCCUCAAUCGCGCCUUCAUGAGCCCAAUAGAGGAAUUCGAGUCAACGUUGAAGGAGGUCGUACAGGCCAAACGAUUAUCGGCCUCUAAAAUGACGAAACUGACAGAGCUUGCGAUGAAACUCAUGAAAGAUGAUACAAGACUGGUCUCUAUUCUCUACCGUACACACAAAUCCUUGUCCGCUGCUGCGAAAGUUUCAAGUCUAUAUAUCUUCGAUGCGCUUGCACGAGCCGCCAAGCAUCAAGUCAAUAAGCAAAAUCUCUUCGGUGAUAUCAAUGCUCCAGAGGGCAACUGUGCUACGUUUCUACUCAAAUUACAAGGCAUCUUGGACGGACUUUUCAAAGAUAUGGUCUUAUCCGGAACACCCGAAGCAAAGGAAAAGACAAAGAAGGUUCUAGACAUCUGGGUCAAAGGAAAUACUUUCCCCUCGACCAUGUUAUCUCAGUUAGCAGAUGUGUUGAAGGAUACAGUAAAAGAAUCUACUGCUAAAGCCGUCGUGUCGUCCGACCCUCGAAUAGCAGCUGCUCAAAGUUCUGCAAGUGCAAACACACCGACACCUCCACCAACUUCCACUACUCCGCCAUUCCCCCCAACAUCUCUUUCAUCCACACAUAUACCGGCGCUCAGCACCCCUUUGGACCCGCAAUCAAAAAUUCUCGCACUCCUUACACAGGCUAUCAAUGUCGGUGCUGCCUCAACUUCGAAUCAAGCUUCGUCCUCGGCUGGUCCAGCUCCUAUACCAUCCGCUGGACCACAAUUAGAUGUAGCACAAGCACAACUAGCAUUGCUUCAACAGUUGACUCAAACGGCGCAGUUGGGCUCUAAUAUGUCAUAUUCUAAUACUGGCCCGAUUUCAGUAACCACUGAUGUAAACGCUAAUCGCCCUUAUGGAGAUGAUACUUCAGGCUACGGUUCGUUACCUGGGGGUUCACCUCGUAACCGGUACGGCAGUCCAGAUGAUGACUUUCGUCGUGAUGGUCGUGGAGGUUCCAAAGUAUACAGAGGGGGUCGUGGACGUUGGAAUGAGGGGCGAGGUAAACGAGACGGGCGUGAUCAUUUCAGAGACAGAGAUCGAGGUGCUAAACGCAGUCGCUCUAGAAGUCCUCCCAGUAGAUAUGGCGCAAGGAGAGAAAUAAAGCCGUAUAGCCCACCCAGGAGACCAUUGCCUGCUGUGCGAGAAUCAUUUGACACGGGUGACUCUCAACCUAGUGCUGGUAACUCCGAGAAAGACGAGUUUGGCAGAGACGCUCGAUCACAGGCUCCCGAAAGCCUAAAAGACGCCGCCGAACUACAGAUUGGUAUUCAUGAUGUCGCUCAAACAACACCGGCUGCCCCUUCCCCAAUGCAGCCACCAGUUACUAUGGCACGAAUUGCCCCACCCACCUCUAUCUCUACGCCUUCGGCUUCCAAAACGGUACCUCAUAACCCCAGCCUUGAGCAAUUCAACGUUGCGACCUUCGACUUCACAAACCCGGAGAGUUGGGAAGCCCUGGGCAAGAUGUGGCUCGUUUCGUAUGGCACGAUGCCUACAACAGAGCAACUCAUGCAAUUUGUUAUGUUUGCUGGCGCCUCUGCGGAUCCUUCUCAGAUGAUGUCUCAAGACUCUUGGGAUCAGUCUGGCUGGGACGGCACAGAGAAUCCGUACAUGGAUACUCAGAACGUGUCUAUGGGUGGAAUGAACGGUGGAAUGGCUUAUGGAGGAAAUCACUUGCAGGGACAGUCUACCGCAAACGGGAACUGGAAGGCUGGCGGAGACCCACGGGUAGCACAUCAGUCAAAAUCAAAUGCUGAAGAGCCUUCAACCGAGAAGCGCGGUGGAGGUAUGCGUAAAGUUGGCGAUAAAUGGAUAUUUGUUCGUGAAGCGGAUUCGCCUGCAUUAUGAUAUCCGUCUGUGUACUUUUUACUGCAUUGCAUCUAUACCUUCCUCAUUCUACGUAUAUACGCACACUAGCAUGUUUCUUUCACGGCUUACAUGUACUUAUGUGUAUUAUUCGAUGGACCACGGUUCAACUAACAGCCUUACUUUGGGCCCCGACUUUUUUUUCGGAUUCGAGGAUGGCUCACCGCUUCCCCUUAGCCACUGCUCUAGCUGUAACGGAAGCCGAAAAACCUCCCUAUGUAGUAGUAUGUAGUGUACCAGAGAUAGCUCGGCUUUUUCCACUACCUCAAUUCGUGCGCUCUGUAGACGGGGGGCAUUCGUUGCAUACGAAAAAGCAUACGAAGGACGAGUCCAGAGGAAAAUUGCGACUUACUUUAGGCUUUGUAUGUGAGAUAU